AGCAGACAUGGGUUCUUUCUCCCAUCCUGGACAUUAUUCCACAGGGAUAGAGACACUCCACUUGCUUCAUUGUCCAACUGAAUCUCUGAAGACCCUGAUGUUUGCGUUUCUGGGUGUUUCCAUUUUCAGCAUGACCCAUGAAGGGAAAGGGGAAAAUCGUGGAGGUAAAGGAAGUUUCUCGCCUUCAUCCUUGAUCUUUUGCUUCUUUCUUAACCAGGGAAACGAGGAUUCUAUGGAGCCACCCCUUGGAUGCAGCAAUGAAAUCAAUAAUAUUGGAAGAAGAACUUCUCUCUAGGUGAGGGUCUUCCUGAAAUCUUGACCUCACAUACAGACAAGGAAGGAAAAAAAGACUGACUGAAGCAUCUGUAUUGCAAUCAAACACCCAUAUCAUGGCUGACAUGGAGGAGAAAGCGUUUAUAUGCCUGGAAUGUGGGAAGUGUUUCACUCAGAGAGGUAAUCUGAAGCAACAUCAAAGGACUCACACGGGAGAGAAACCCUAUACGUGUCUGGAGUGUGGAAAGAGCUUCACUCAGAGUGGAAGUCUACGUUCACAUCAAAGGAUUCACACUGGGGAGAAACCCUAUACGUGUCUGGAGUGUGGCCAGAGCUUCACUUGGAGUGGAAAACUACGUUCACAUCAAAGGUUUCACACUGGGGAGAAACCCUAUACCUGCCUGGAGUGUGGCCAGAGCUUCACUCGUAGUGGAAAUCUACGUUCACAUGAAAGGAUUCACAUUGGGGAGAAACCAUAUACAUGCCUGGAGUGUGGGCAGAGCUUCACUCGGAGUGGAAAUCUACGUUCACAUGAAAGGAUUCACACUGGGGAGAAACCCUAUACAUGCCUGGAGUGUGGAAAGAGCUUCACUGAGAGUGGACAUUUACGUUCACAUCAAAGGAUUCACACUGGCGAGAAACCCUAUACAUGCCUGGAGUGUGGGCAGAGCUUCACUAAGAGUGGACAUCUACAUUCACAUCAAAGAAUUCACACUGGGGAGAAACCCUAUACAUGCCUGGAGUGUGGCCAGAACUUCUCUGUGAGUGGAAAACUACGUUCACAUCAAAGGAUUCACACUGGGGAGAAACCCUAUACCUGCCUGGAGUGUGGCCAGAGCUUCACUACGAGUGGAAAUCUACGUUCACAUGAAAGGAUUCACACUGGGGAGAAACCAUAUACAUGCCUGGAGUGUGGCCAGAGCUUCACUCUGAGUGGAAAUCUACGUUCACAUGAAAGGAUUCACACUGGGGAGAAACCCUAUAAAUGCCUGGAGUGUGGGCAGAGCUUCACUGAGAGUGGACAUCUACGUUCACAUCAAAGGAUUCACACUGGGGAGAAACCCUAUAAAUGCCUGGAGUGUGGGCAGAGCUUCACAACGAGUGGACAUCUACGUUCACAUCAACGGAUUCACACUGGGGAGAAACCCUAUACCUGCCUGGAGUGUGGAAAGAGCUUCACUCAGAGUGGAAAUCUACAUACACAUGAAAGGACUCACACUGGGGGGAAAUCCUAUAAAUGCCAUGAGUGAUGACAGAGCUUCACCCAUUCUUCAAGUUCACAUUCACAUCAAAGGACUUACACUGGGGAGAAACCUUAUAAAUGCAUGUUGUGUGGGAAAAGCUUCUUUGAUAGUUGAAAUCUUCAUAGACACAGAAUUCACAUUGGGGAGAACAGCGGUGUUUGACUCCAAAGAGAGUUUCUCAGAUAGAGCUUUCUCGAUUUUUCAUGUUGGUGAAUCACUUUUUAGAAAUGCAUCGUUUUGAGACAAAGUAAUUUAGUUUAACUAGCAAACCAGAGAUUAAAACAAUACCAUAUAAGACUUUCAAUAUAUAAUAUAAUAAUAUAAUAUAUAGAAAGACAUUUCAAAAGAGAGAUAGCAGACUGAGAGAUAGCUUCUAUUCCAGAGCUGGAAAUGAGGAUUCUAUGGAGCCACCCCUUGGAUGCAGCAAUGAAAUCAAUAA